GUACACCCCUGACCCUGUACCCAGACCUACCCCAACACUCGUGCGAGCCUACGUACACUAGUUAAUAUCAUAGGGGUUGUACAACUAUUUUUAAAACUUUAAACAGCUUCACUACUUUCUACAAGAGCCACUUCAGGCUGCAGAUGAAGUUGGGUCUAUCUCCACUGGGCUUGCUUCUCAUUAUCCAUGUACAGGCUUACACGACCCCUCGAAACACUCUAGGAUCACAAAGAAACAACCACCGUAAUGUAUCCGAGCUGCUGGACAAUCUUCUGCGAGGCUACGACAACAGUGUGCGUCCUGGUCUUGGGGGGCCCCCAGCAAUUGUCGAGGUGGACAUUAUGGUACGAAGUAUGGGACCUAUAUCGGAGGUUGACAUGACAUACUCGAUGGACUGCUACUUCCGUCAGACCUGGGUAGAUCGUCGCCUCGCCUUUCUCUCGGACAAGGACACCCUCGCCCUCAGCAUCACGAUGUUGGAGAGGAUAUGGAAGCCCGACACAUACUUCUACAACGGCAAACAGUCCUACCUCCACACUAUCACCACGCCAAACAAGUUUGUACGCCUCUACCAGGAUGGCAGAGUAUUGUACUCAUCUAGGUUAACAAUAAAGGCCGGUUGCCCAAUGAAUCUUGAAAACUUUCCGAUGGACACUCAAAGAUGUCCUCUGAAGUUCGGAAGCUUUGGCUACACUGUCAAUGACGUUCUGUACGUAUGGAACGGCAAGCGACAGGUGGCCAUAGCAGACGACAUGAAACUGUCGCAGUUCGACCUCAUCGCCACCCCUGCUGCCAACCAGACAGACUAUCUUAAGUCGGGCGAAUAUUCAAUGCUGCUGGUCAGUUUUCACCUUCAACGUCACAUGGGUAACUUCCUAAUACAGGUUUACGGACCUUGUGUGUUGUUGGUGGUUUUAUCCUGGGUGUCCUUCUGGCUCAAUAGAGAAGCUACAGCUGACAGAGUGUCCUUAGGUAUCACUACGGUGCUGACCAUGACGUUCCUUGGUCUAGAGGCACGAACAGAUCUUCCCAAAGUCCCGUACCCAACGGCGCUGGACUUCUUCGUAUUCCUCUCUUUUGGUUUCAUCUUUGCUACAAUCAUACAGUUUGCUCUGGUGCACUACUUCACCAAGUACGGCAGUGGCGAGUGUUACUUCAGCGUAGACUGGAGUUCAUCAGAUUCCAGUGAUGAAGAUGAUUGGGCGACCAGAAGAACUAUUGAGCCUAUGGGUGCUGGGAGAAGAAAGUCCAGCUCUUGUGGUGUUGCACCUAGACGCAGUGUUACAAUAAAUGGAAACACAAGACUACUGGAGGUAAUCCCACUCUCUGCGUGUGACAUAUCUUCAAUCAGUGGCCGAGGACACAGAGAUUCUUGGACCAGUGGACUUCCAUCCUGCUUAGGCUGCGCCAAGCCCAGCAGUACUCACCACUCCCCGUGCAGAGAGUCAGUCUACAACCCCCCGCCCAAGCGGCCCUCCAUCACUUUCCACCCUCGAGGUCAUCGUCGCAAGAAGCGCACGCCGAGGUUUAAUUCUGUCUCCAAAAUAGACCGAAUUUCCCGCGUGUUUUUCCCAGUCUGUUUCUUCGCCAUCAAUCUUAGCUAUUGGUACGCCUACUUGAGUAGGAGUGAGAGAAUCCCACUAAGAACUGAUGUUGCGGUGUGAAAACCAAUAAUGUUAAAGUAAUGAUAAGACUAGAAAAGUAUUUGUAUCAAUUUGAGGAUU